AGUGCUCCGUUACCACCCGACUUCGAAGGAGAUAAACUUCACUCGCCUUUCGAUUUAUGUGUUUAUUUUUUCACCGGUCCUCGCAUUUUUACUUUGGCGAGCGCGGGAUAAUAAUUCCUGUCUACCCAACGAACCUUAACAAGAAAAAAUGGCGACCAGAAAAAACGUAAACGGCCUGCUUGUAUCCGUAUCGGCCGCAGUAGCACCCCCUCAGGCACCAGGCGAGAACCCCCGGUACUCUCGAACCGGCUGCGACCACCAGCAGCGCUUGUCUUGUUCGCUAGAAGAACUACAAAAAAGCACGAAAAAACGGACGCGUUUGACGUUCUUCCCCUGCUCAAAGAAACUGCAGCUCCUGGCCAGCGCAGUGCUGUUCUUCAUUUCCGGGCACGAUGAAAAUAUUUACCGUGGUACCAACGCGCUUUAUUCUUUCACAAAUGGUUUGCUACUGCCGAAGGUGCAGCAGAGGCGGCACCGCCAGAGGAAAGUGAGUAGAACGGUCACGGCUACUGAUGUUCCCAGUACAGCUCCUGCUUCCAGCACGACGGCUACUGACGUUCCCAGUACAACUCCUGCUUCCAUCGCGGAGAUUGCCGGGGAGGACAAGAAGGGGCGGGCGGCUACUUCUUUCACGUCUCAAACAUCAGGAGAAGAUCAAGACUCCUUGCCCCGGAAGCGCAAUCAAAACCUCCUGCUGCAGAGGGAGAUGAAAAAAGAGCGGCAGGCCGGGGAAACGACCGAAAGCGCGGGGGCGAAUAUUAAACACGAGGAUUUGUUGCGCUCUGUUGAAACGAUCGGCUCGGUUCUACUGGAAAGCGGCAGCACGGGCGGGAACAAGAGAUCAUCUCCAACGACUUUCCCUACGUCUAAAAACACUUCCGGCAGGAAAGAGCAAAAGCAGAAGAAGAAGAAGAAGAAGAAGAAGACCACCUACUACCCGUCUAAAAAUAAAUCUCUGCUGGAGCUUAUGAAAACGCGGAAAGAGCACUGCUCCGGCGGCGGCGGGGGCACACAGUACACCUUUGGUGCCGCCCCGCAGGCGUACACGGCGAUGCCCGGCGCUACCAUAUAUCAAAUGCAAAUGUCUCUGGGUCUGGAAUAAACUUGUGAUGCUGGCCGGCGAAUCCUGAAGACGCCACAAAUUAUGACGGCUCAGCAUGACAAGUUUCUGAGUUGCAAGGUGUUAUCUAUUCAGCAUGACAGACUGCGUUUUUGCAUGGCAGAACAUUGGGACUUUUGCGUAAGAACGCGCAUGACAGUUUUGGGAGUCAUGCUAGCAGAGCAACACAAACUUGCACUCUUCCAGAGGACGCAGACAUCUUUGCAAUGCAUACUAUCUUGGGGGUAUCAAGUCCCGACGCGGCUGGAUUGGUCGGGGCCAGAGCGGGGGCAGUUUUCGGUGGGGGUACGAAUCCCGACCAGUCCCUGUCCGCAGGAACGGCGAGCUCCUCUACCACGUCCAGCACUAGUAGUACCAGCACUACACGGGAGCCCUGGGUCCCCGACCGCUGCCAAGGGGUGCAGGCGAACCCGGGGAAAACCGGUAUGCAUUGCAAAAGUAUCGUAGUCGUAGUAAAAGUAAUUGCAGUAAUGCAUGACAAAUCCAACUGUCUACCCGAACACGCAUGACAAAUUGCAUUUGUCUUGUUGCGAAAAUUAGUAAUGCAAUUUUUUCUACUAGUAAGUACGUGUAGUUUUGCAAUGCAUAACCGUGCCGCCGGAGCGGUACGUGGACUACAACGGGCAGAAGGUGAAAGGCGUUUUCAUGGUGAUAGCGGACUGGGGCUGGACCCCGGGCGCCAAGUCGGACACCGGCUGCCAGAUGGCCAUCGGUAUGAAUUGCAAAAAUGUCUGGGUCUGGAAGAGGACAAGUUUCUCAUGCACAUUUUCCAUGAUCCACGAUGUCUGUUAUGCAUGCCCUAGCAGCACAGAUUUUUUGAGCGCUUAUGGAUGCGCAUCCCGCAUGACAAAUGCCCUAUCCGUGUAGCCAAAUUUGACUCCUCUUGCUGCUCACGCAAUACAGAUUUUUUUUAGCAUCCAAAUGCAGCAUCACAAGUUGCACUGCUCCACCCCCAGACAUAUUUGCAAUGCAUAAUCGGCCGCGAGGCGCUGAACUACCUAAACGACAAGGGCAUGACGCACCUGCUCAAAUUUGUGCUUGCCGCGGGGGACAAUAUCUACGGCGGCGCUGUGGACGGCAGUUUGCAGGAUAUCUGGCUAUGAAGUACAAAUAUGUCUGGGUCUGGAAGAAUGCAAUAUUUGUGAUACAGGUUUUCCAUGACCCACGAGGCCUGGCAUGCAGCACCGAGCAUGAGAGAUGCUGUGAGGUGUCUACCAUGCCUAUUCCGCAUGAGAAACUCCCUGUCCACCUGGUCAAAAGCGGACAUCUUUUGGUAAUCAUGCAAUACAAAUUUUUGCAUGAUCCAGACUCAGCAUGACAGGUUGCAACCUUCCCGACCCAGACAUAUUUGCAUUUGAUACUGGCUGAAUCGGUACGACAAGGAGCUCACCUGCGUACCCUGGUACGCAGUGCUGGGGAACCACGAUUUCGGGCUAUCCUGAGUAAAAACGUCCCCACACCAGAGUCAAGGUGGGACGAAAUCUGCUAGGCAAAUCUGUCAGCUUUUGCUGUUGCGCAUGACAAGUUUGGCGCCGUAGUGUAACUCUGUUUAGCUUGUUCAGCAGCGUCACAGAUCUAUAGGACUACGCUGAUCCUCGCAUCACAAAUCCCAAAAAGCGACUAGAGACUGCUUCUCAUGGGUCUUCGACUGAGAAACAUUUUCAGCAUGCAGAUUUGCAUUACAACUCUGGGGAGCUGGGAACGUUUUUACAAAUGAUACGGGCACACCGGGGAAAAGCGGUGCUGGCCCUACCCGGAGGAGGCGAAUUGUGGGCAGAUAAUAUGCAUUGCAAAAAUGUCGGGAUCUGGAAAAAUGUAGGACUCGUCAUGCUUGUGUGGCAUGCCUCUUAGAUCUGUGAUGCGUAAGCAGGAACGGGGCCUCUUGCCUGUCAUGCAAAAACGCAGGUUGCCAUGCGGAAAACGAAACACAUGGCAGUGCAAAAAACUUGUCAUGCUCGGCUGCAUAUAAUUGUAGUGCGCCCACCAUUCAGAGACUUGCAUCACAAAUUUCCAGACCCAAACAUUUUUGCAUUUGAUAGAUAAACGGCGAUUACGAAACGGUGCGGACGAGCAAGCAGUGCAUCCCCAAGCGUGAGUAUCGCAAGAAAAAACUGUUUCACUGUGAAGUUGUGAUGCAGAAAAUGGAGCACAGAGCUAUUUGUCUUGCUACACCUGCAAGACAUUGGAUUUUGAAGCGUGUUUCCCCUUGGGAAGCGCGCAUGGCAAGUGCUUCGCGUCAUGUGUAGCAAACUGGUGAUGCAGAUAUUGCAAAAUCAUCACAGUGAAACAGUUUUUUCGUGGGAUAGUGAGUGGAGCGGCAGCCGGGACUGCUGGGCCAUGCCCAAGGCGAGCUACUCUGUGACGGCCUGGGAGGAGGAGCUGAACUUGACGCUGAUUGGCAUAUCGAGUGCAAAAAUGUCUGGGUCUGGAAAAAUUGGAAUCUGUAAUGCGUGUCUUGCACUCCUGUCAAAUCUGUAUUGCGCGACCGACAAAAGCGCGAAUUCUUUGUCAUGCAAAAACGCAGGUUCUCAUGCGGAUUACACAUGAGAAGGCGCCCUGAAAAUUCGUCAUGCUUGGCUGCACUCAGGGGUGUGCUCAGUCAUCGCCACUUGGCAUCACAAGUUUCCAGACCCAGACAUAUUUGCAAUUCAUAUGGCACCGACGGCAACGAUCUGUGGCACUACGGGUACCCCUUCGGCUCCUGGGGGCGCGGGGCGACGCAGGGUCCGCUGGGGCGGCUCAAGGAGGAGGGCCUGGCCGAGCUGCGCGACCGCCUGGGGCAAAAAACGGCACAGAACAUCGUAUCAAAUGCAAAUAUGUCUGGGUCUGGAAAGUUCCGAGAUUUGUCAUGCUAGUCUGGCAUGACUCCUAGCUCUGUGUUGCGUCACCGCGAACAAGAGCUCCACUUGACAGUCGUGCAAAAACGCAUUUCUCAUGCGAAUUACGCAACUCAGAACUACGGAAAAACUUGUCAUGCUUGGUAGCGCAUUAGAGUGUUGUGUACUCACUACUCCCUUCCUUGCAUCACAAGUUUCCAGACAUCCAGGGAUAUUUGCAACGCAUACAUCGUGGUGUUUAACCACUACCCGUGGGACUACGCGGGAGAUUCGCGACAGUGGUACGAAUAUCAAGUGCAAAAAUGUCUGGGUCUGGAAAAGUGCAAACUUGUCAUGCAGAUUUUCCCUGACCCAUAAGGUCUGGAAUGCGGGACUUAGCAUGACAGACAUUCUGUGAGAUCCCUAUCAUGCCUAUCCUGCAUGAGAAACUCCCUCCCAACUUGGUCAAAAGUGGACAGCUUUUGGCACGCAUGCAGCACAGAUUUUUGCAUGCUUCAGAUUUACCAUGACAAGUUGCCACCUUCCAGACCCAGACAUAUUUGCAAUUGAUAACGAAAAUGACCUGAACGGCGCCGUGCGCGACCAGGGAAAAACGGUGUUCUUCUUUGCGGGGCACACCCACACCACGCAGGGGCCGAAGGACUUUGACCCAAAAAACGACGUGCAGCACUACAUUUCCGGGGGGGCCGGCGGCUACUGCACCGACGAGUGUGGCGGGGGGUGGGGCGGAGUCAAUUUCGGCCUGGUGAAAGAGGACGGAACCAUCGAGGUGGUCAAAGCGCCUAUCAACUGUAAAAAUGUCUGGGUCUGGAAGAUUGCAGACUUGUCAUGCAUAUUUUGUAUGAUGAUUGACGCCUCUAAUGCAUGAUCUAGCAACACAGAUUUUUAGAGAGCUUCCUAAUGCCUAUUCCGCAUGAGAAAUGCCCUCUCCGCGUAACACAAACUGGAGUCCUGUUGCUGGUCAUCCAAUACAGAUUUUUUUGGAAUCCAAAGACAGCAUUACAAGUUGCAUCCUUCCAGACCCAGACAUUUUUACAUUUGAUAGCGCCGGAGGGAAAACAAAUCGACGAGUGCCGCAAGUUCCGCUAGAACACAAAAUGUUCCGACCUCAGGGCCAUUUUUGUGGCAAUGCUUUUUCCACGACGACGGCCCUGAGGCUUGUUCGCAUUUUUGACAGCGAAGAGGUGAUUUACUAUGAAGCACCAGAAUAAGAAGUAGCAAAGCCAAAAGAACUUCCUGUGAAAUUUCUACUAGGAAAUACCCAGCACUCAAUACUACAAUAUCUACGAAGUAAGAAGAUGUUGAUCAUCUUUUCUCUUAGGGUUUGAUGACUCGAUUUUCGUUCAGUUUGCCGUUUUUCGGUUCUUUUCUACAACACCCGCAAACUAUUUCCUUCCCGAAAUGCACCCUUGUUUUCUCUUUGUCUUUCCAGCGGAAAUAGAAAGACGAAGUGCUUCUGC